AUGAUGCGCUCCCAGCUCCAGACCGCCGGCCGCCUGGCCAGGCCCUCCACGACGUCCAGAAUCGCCGGCGCAGCCCGCCUUCACAUCUCCCCCAACGUCGCCUCAAAAACGACCGCCCUCCGAUCCAUCGCCACGAGAACGAUACCCCGAGCUUCCUACCCUGCUCUGACCUCGUCGCAAUACCGCUCCUUCUCCUCCACCCGCAUCCAGCAUGGUGAGAUGACCAUCGUCGUCCCUCCCAUGGCCGAGUCCAUCACAGAGGGCACCAUUGCCUCUCUGUCGAAGCAGGUCGGCGACCGUGUCGAGGUCGAUGAGGAGGUCGCUAGCAUCGAGACCGACAAGAUCGAUGUGGCUGUCAACGCCUCCGAGGAGGGAACCAUCGUUGAGCUUUUCGUCGCUGAGGGCGACACCGUCGAGGUUGGACAGAAGCUCGCGCGCGUCGAGACCGGCGCCGCCCCUGAGGGCGAGAAGCCCGCGCCCAAGAAGGAGGAGCCCAAGCCCGAGGCCAGCAAGCCUGCCGAGUCCUCCGAGGCCGCUGCCGCUCCCACCCAGGAGCAGAAGAAGGAGCCCGAGGCUCCUAAGAAGGAGGAGAGCAAGCCUGCCCCCGCUCCCAAGCAGGAGAAGAAGCCCGCCGAGUCUGCUCCCGCGCUCCAGGCUGCCCCCUUCGGCGCCGCUGGCCUCUUCUCCCGCGGCGAGCGUGUCGAGAAGAUGACGCGCAUGCGCAAGACCAUCGCCGCCAAGCUCAAGCAGUCCCAGAACAUGACCGCCUCCCUUACCACCAUCAACGAGGUCGACAUGUCCGCCCUGAUGGAGUGGCGUGCGCGCAACAAGGAGGACGUCAUGAAGCGCCACGGCGUCAGGCUGGGAUACAUGGGUGCCUUCACCAAGGCCACCUGCCUGGCUGCCCAGCAGGUCCCCCAGCUCAACGCCUCCAUCGACACUGAUAAGGAGGUCAUCACCUACCGUGACUACGUCGACAUCAGCAUCGCCGUGUCUGCCCCCAAGGGUCUGAUCACUCCCGUGCUGCGCAACGUCGAGAGCCUCGACAUUAUCGGCAUUGAGCGCGGCGUUGCUGAGCUCGCUGCCAAGGCUCGUGACGGCAAGCUCACCAUGCCCGACCUCGAGGGCGGAAACUUCUCCAUCUCCAACCCCGGCAUCUUCGGCUCCCUCUUCGGCACCCCCGUCAUCAACUACCCCCAGGCCGCCGUCUUUAACAUGAACGGAAUCAAGGAGCGCCCCGUCGUCGUCAACGGCAAGCUCGAGAUCCGCCCCAUGAUGUACAUCACCGUCACCUACGACCACCGCCUCAUCGACGGCCGCGAGGCCGUCACCUUCUUGAACGUCGUCAAGAGCUACAUUGAGGACCCCGCCAGACUUCUCCUGGCCUGA